UUUGGAUCCCCCCUCCCGUUUAGGAGCACAGGCAAAAGAACACUCUACGGUCACCGUCCGAUAACGGAGUGCAAAAAGAGCAUCCUCCAAUCAUUCACCUUUGAUUACAUCUUAUUCCGAUAUACCAUCAUACACCCUUCUCAACAUGACAUAUACCACCUUACUUCGCCAUGCAGGCGCAAGAAUAAGAACUUCAUCCCCUUCAUUCAAGCGUACUUUAGCAACACAUGCUCCUACAACAUCUUCAUCCGAAACACCUCAAUCUUUUAUCGAAAAAGUUGUUCAAAAAUAUGCAGUUGAUUUGAAAGCAGGUCAUCAAGUUCAAGCAGGCGAUUAUGUUAGCAUUCGUCCUGGUCAAGUUAUGACUCAUGAUAAUACCGGUCCUUGUAUUUCUAAAUUUCGAUCGAUAGGUGCAAGUAAGAUCAGAAAUCCAGCUCAAGUCGUAUUUGCAUUGGAUCAUGAUGUUCAAAACAAGAGUGCAAAGAAUUUAGAGAAGUAUAGCAAAAUUGAAACAUUCGCAAGAGAACAAGGAAUCGAUUUCUAUCCUGCCGGACGCGGAAUCGGACAUCAAGUCAUGGUGGAAGAAGGAUAUGCAUUCCCUCAAACUUUGGCCGUCGCUUCUGAUAGUCACAGUAACAUGUACGGAGGUGUCGGUUGCGUGGGAACUCCGGUAGUACGAACGGAUGCUGCUGCAAUUUGGGCAACCGGUCAAACAUGGUGGCAGAUUCCUCCUGUGGUAAAGGUAGAAUUGAGCGGUCAAUUACCAAAAGGUGUUACAGGUAAAGACGUGAUAGUCGCUUUGUGUGGUUAUUUCAAUCAAGAUCAAGUUUUGAAUGCUGCUAUUGAAUUUACAGGCUCGGGUGUUGCAGGAUUGACAAUCGAUGAACGUUUGGCGAUCAGCAAUAUGACGACGGAAUGGGGUGCAUUGGCAGGUGUGUUCGCAGUCGAUGAUGUGACACUGUCUUGGUACGAAAAGCAGAUCAAAAAGUUGGACAAGUUGCACUUCCAAAUGGGAUCUUCUCCUUCUCCAUCUAAAUCUCAUCCCAGAUUAAAUAUGGAACGAUUGGAGGAAUUGUCACGCAACAUCAUCCGACCCGAUCAAGAUGCAUUUUAUGCUAAACAUCUCAAACUUGAUCUCAACACUCUUGCUCCUCAUGUUAGUGGUCCAAACAGCGUCAAAGUCAGCACACCAUUAGCAGAGCUAUCUGCGCAGAAUAUCGAUAUUCAAAAAGCCUAUCUAGUCUCUUGCGUCAAUUCUCGUGCUUCUGAUCUGAAAGCGGCAGCAGAAGUGAUUCGAGGUAAAAAGGUUGCAAAAGGCGUCGAAUUCUACGUCGCAGCAGCAAGUAGUGUCGUACAAAGGGAAAGUGAAGAAUCAGGAGAUUGGGGUGCAUUAUUGGCAGCAGGUGCAAAACCAUUACCGGCAGGCUGUGGUCCAUGUAUCGGUUUAGGUGUUGGUUUGUUGGAAGAUGGAGAGACGGGAAUUAGUGCUACCAAUCGUAAUUAUAAGGGAAGAAUGGGAAGUCCAAACGCAAAGGCAUACUUGGCCUCUCCUGCUGUAGUUGCUGCAAGUGCUAUCGAAGGUCGUAUCUGCGGUCCGAACGAACUGGAAGGCGGUCUCGUACCUGGCCAAAGCGGUUUGCAAUUCUCCAUCGAAGUCAAUGCUAAACAAGCAACUCCUAUGCAAGAGAUUAAUGACGCAACUGCAACUGCAUCCAAGAAUGACCUUUUGCCUGGCUUCCCUUCCCAAUUCAAAGGUCCUCUCAUCUUUGCACCUCAGGACAAUCUCAACACUGAUGGUAUCUACCCUGGUAAAUACACUUAUCAAGAUGAUAUAACACCUGAGAAGCAAGCUCAGGUGGUCAUGGAGAACUAUGAUCCAUCGUUUGCAGGUACGGUCUCCUCCCUACUAAGCCAACAACAGUCCGCAGAUGAUUCUUCUAUCAAGAGUGGAGCGAUUUUGAUCAGUGGAUACAACUUCGGAACUGGAUCUUCUCGUGAGCAAGCUGCCACUGCAUUGAAAUAUGCUGGCGUUCCAAUGGUGAUCAGUGGAUCGUUUGGUGAUAUCUUUAAACGAAAUGCGAUCAACAAUGGAUUGGUAUGUUUAGAAUGUCCUGAAUUAGUGGAAGAUUUGACGAAAGAAUAUGCCAAAGAUGGAGAAAGAAAUCAUGGAAGUAAAAAAGAAGGUGAAAUAAGUGUUGUCUUGGAAAAUGCAACAAUUUCAAUCGAUAGCACAAACGGUCGUGUUACGUUGGAUUUGCAAAACGGUCAACCGCCUAAACAAUACACAACUACGCCUGCCGGUGUUGGUCAAGCCGUUCAAGAGAUUUGGACUGCCGGUGGAUUGGAACAAUGGGUGAAAGCAAGAAUUUAAAUCUAUGAUUCAUCUCUACCAAUAAUGUACUUUUAUAUGACAUCGUGAAAACAAGACCUCUUAUUGUUUGUUUGUUUGUUUUGGUUCCUGACAGUUUUCUAUAAUUAAAUUGAUAAGCAC